AUGGGAGGCCGCAGUUUCCUGUCGGCGCUGUUGGUGCUUUGUGCUUGCACUGUCCUUGCUGCUGCUGCCGACGCAGCUGCUUCCAAACUGCCCAACUCGGUCACACUUUCCUAUGAAGUGAUCGGAUCCUCCUCAGUGAAGCCACUGGCUACCGUCUUUUACGACCCGAGGACGUCGAAGCACACUCUGUCAUCAUGGACUCCUCCCUCUCUAGACUCACUCCAAUCUACGACACCUGAGCCUACCUCCUCCAAGCUCCUCCGCAUUCUGCUACCGAACGGCAGCUCGACGAUAACGACGUUGGACACAUUCAGCGACAAUGUCUACAAGAAGAUUGAUCUCUGGAUCUCUCCCGAUGACGGCUCAGUCUUCUCGGCCUCCGUCUCCAGUCUCUCACCUCCACCGUUAACCCCGGAAGAGGAACGCCAUAAGAAGAAAGUCGAGAGGGCCAAGGCAAAGGGGCGGCCUAUACCACCUCCACCUCCAAUCCCGAAGACGAAGAAAGCAAGAGAAGAAGCCGCCGCUAGAGCUGCCAUGCAUGAGCCUAUCCGAGUAAAUCUGAUUGCCCCGAGUCCUGGUCCGUCGCCGGUUCUAGCAACAAGAGCUCCACCUCAGGUUGAUGCCGAGGGGAGGGAAGUUCCACAAGAAGAACAACAGGAGAAGAGCUUCUUCCAGAAGUACUGGUGGGUGUUCUUGAUCGCCACAAUGUUGAUGAUGACAAGCGGAGGCGGCGAGAAAUGA